AUGCGUUCCCGUGCCAAGUCAAGCCGAGUCGAAGGGCUGAGCGUUUGGGUCAAGAAAGAGACAAAGUCGGCGCUGGCAAUCUCCAGUCGUGCCAACCGGGUUGCUAUGGGAGCUCUGCUCUUCACCAUAUUGGGUGUGGCCUUGGAUGUGACCUCGAACAUCAUCACCGUCUUCAGCACCAAGCGUGACAUGGCGGAAGUUGAGGAUGAAGCCGCACAGGUCUACGCCCAAAGUCGGCAGAGAUCUGAAGCGACGCGGCGGUCGAACGCGUGA